AAUCGCCUCGUUGCUGACCCUGUCCAACUGGCCAUGGCCUGCAACCCCCUAGGCCCCUCCACCCAUAGACCAUCUCGCUGCUGAGAGAUCGAGGACCUGCCCCCACCUGGCCACCCUCCCCCUUCCCCAACAUCCAGACCCCAGGGCUGGUGUGUGGCACCCCUGAGACCACAUUGACCUCCAUACUGUCUACUAACCAUAAGGACUCCAAGACGCCCAGGCCAGCUGUCUGGGCAGGACUGAUGCCUGAUCACCCACUUAUACCAAGUACUCGUCCCCAAGAUUGUUAAACAAGGCCAGACACUCCUGGCCUCAAGAGGAUGGGACUGAAAAACAAAAAGAACACUGAAGACACAGAGGAGCCCCUGGUCGCCUUCCAGAGCACGGAACCUAAGAUGGGUCACCUGUCUCCCUCUAACAAGGAGACCAUCACGGUCACCCUCCAUGGAGCCACCAACCUGCCUGCCUGCAAGGAUGGUUCCGAGCCAUGGCCCUAUGUGGUGGUGAAAAGCACAUCUGAGGAAAAGAACAACCAGAGCUCCAAGGCAGUCACAUCUGUGACCUCAGAGCCCACCAGAGCCCCUAUCUGGGGGGACACGGUGAACGUGGAGAUCCAAGCUGAGGAUGCAGGGCAAGAAGAUGUGAUCCUCAAGGUGGUGGACAACAGAAAGAAACAGGAGUUGUUGUCCUACAAAAUCCCCAUCAAGUACCUGCGUGUCCUCCACCCCUACCACUUUGAGCUGGUGAAGCCCACCCAGUCUGGGAAAGCUGAUGAAGCCACUGCCAAGACCCAGUUGUAUGCCACAGUCGUUCGGAAGAGCAGCUUCAUCCCCCGCGACAUCGGCUGCAACCACACAGCUCUGGAGAUCUUUCUCCGGGGAGUCAACGAGCCCCUGGCCAACAACCCCAACCCCAUGGUGGUGAUUGCCCGGGUGGUUCCCAACUACAAGGAAUUUAAGGUCAGCCAGGCCAACAGGGACCUGGCCUCUGUGGGGCUGCCCAUUACCCCACUCUCCUUCCCUAUCCCAUCUGUGAUGAACUUUGACGAGCCUCGCAUCAGCCAGAACGGAUGCCCUCAGCUGUCCAAGCCUGGGGGACCCCCAGAGCAGCCCCUAUGGAAUCAGUCCUUCCUCUUCCAAGGCCGAGAUGGAGCUACCAACUUCUCAGAAGACACAGCCCUGGUGCUGGAGUACUACUCCUCAGCUUCAAUGAAAGGCAGCCAGCCGUGGACCCUCGACCAGCCCCUGGGCAUCUCUGUGUUGCCGCUAAAGAGCCGUUUGUACCAGAAGAUGCUGACAGGGAAAGGCUUGGAUGGGCUUCACGUGGAGCGGCUCCCCAUCAUGGACACCAGCCUGAAAACUAUCAAUGGUGAGGCCCCCACAGUGGAUCUCUCCUUCCAGCUGCUUUCCUCCGAGAGACCAGAAAACUUCUUGACACCAAACAACAGCAAGGCUCUUCCUACCUUGGACCCCAAGAUCCUAGAUGAGAAGCUGGGAACCAUCCAAGAGUCCUGGUCCAAGGACACAGUGAGCUCCACAAUGGACUUGAGCACGUCCAUGCCACGGGAAGUAGAGGAGGAGCCUCUGGUGCCUGAGACGUCCCGCGACACAGAGAUGAACAAUUACCGGCGGGCCAUGCAGAAGAUGGCAGAGGACAUCCUGUCUCUGCAGAGACAGGCCAGCAUCCUGGAAGGAGAGAACCGCAUACUGAGGAGUCGUCUGGCCCAGCAGGAGGAGGAAGAGGAGCAGGGCAAAGCCAGUGAGGCCCAGAACGUGGUGUCCAUGAAGCAGAAACUGCUGCUGAGUGAGCUGGAUAUGAAGAAACUGAGGGACAGGGUGCAGCAUUUGCAGAAUGAGCUGAUUCGAAAGAAUGAUCGAGAGAAGGAGCUGCUCCUUCUGUAUCAGGCCCAGCAGCCACAGGCUGCUCUGCUGAAGCAGUACCAGAGCAAACUGCAGAAGAUGAAGGCGCUGGAGGAGACCGUGCGGCACCAGGAGAAGGUGAUCGAGAAGAUGGAGCGGGUGCUGGAGGACAGGCUACAGGACAGGAGCAAGCCCCCUCCUCCGAACAGGCAGCAGGGAAAGCCCUACACGGGCUUCCCUGUGUUCUCAGCCUCUGGCCUUCCCUUGGGUUCUACGGGAGAGAACCUGCCAGUUGAACUUUACUCGGUGCUGCUGGCAGAAAAUGUGAAGCUGCGGGUGGAGCUGGAUAAGAACCGCCACCAACCAGCCCCCAUCAUUCUGCAGCAACAGGCCCUGCCGGAUCUCCUCUCUGGUACUUCAGACAAGUUCAACCUCCUGGCCAAGCUGGAACGCGCUCAGAGCCGGAUCCUGUCCCUGGAAAGCCAGUUAGAGGACUCAGCUCGACGCUGGGGACGAGAGAAGCAGGAUCUGGCCACGCGGCUGCAGGAGCAAGAAAAAGGUUUCAGGCACCCCUCGAACUCCAUCAUCGUAGAACAGCCCAGUGCCCUCACCCACUCCACGGACCUCAAGCAGCCCUCAAAUCUGGAGCCCCCGCUGCCCAGCUCAGACACUAAGCUCAACAAGCCCUCGAACCCCCAGAAGGAGACCGCUAACUCUCAGCAGACCUGAGCCCCAGCGCAGGCCUCCUUCCCUGUGUGCUGGGAAGGAGUCUCAUCCCCGCCGCCUGAAAACGACUUUAUUAAAUGUUGUAGCUCUGUGA